AUGAAUCAUCGAAGAAGCGUACUCCAGAAAAGAAGUGAUCUUACAGAGAGCAAGUAUCAUGAUAAGGUGUACAAUAACUAUCUUCCUAAAAAAUUGAACCAUUCAAAUUCUCCAAGUGAUUACUCAGAUUCUGUGUACGGUUACAAAAAGAUCUUGAUACCAUCACCAGAGGAGCUAAACUCAACUUCUCUGACGAAGUAUUUUCAAAAUGGCUCCCAAAGGACAUCUGAAAAGCCGCAACAAGAGGUUCAAAAGGUGCCCCAAAAAGCUCCGAAAACAGCCAAUCAAAGAACAGAAAUCACUGAGAAGGUCAAAUUCGUUUCAUUGAGUAUUAAAUCUAUGGCUGCUUUUGAGAAAAUAGCCAAAAAGACAAAGAAAGGGAUCAAGAGAAGAAGAAAGCCAAAUUUCCAGAAUAAAGAUCUUCAACAAAAAGUCAAGGCAUUUAAUAAUGCGAAAAGGACUGAAGAUCAAAACAACAGAGAAAGCAGUGGCUUUGGCCUCGGUUUCAAGGUACAGAAGCUAGACCCUUCCAGUUUUGAUACAGCUGUUAAAAGACCUAAGAUGAACUUCUUUAAAACUAGUACAUUCCCACAUAUUAAGUAUGAUUCUACACAAUCAAACUGGAAAGAAAGACAGAAAUCAACAGAAAUAUUUAAGCAAAGUAAUCUUUCAAAUACUAUGGGGAAAUCCACAGUCAAAGAUCCUUCACAAACUAUUUUCGAAGGGUUCCUUGCUGGCAAUGAAGAAGCAUUUCAGAGGAAGACAGCCAAAGGUAUCCAAUCGUGCCGAAUCAUAGACUUUUGCCCAAAUAUGAAUGUUGUAAAUGGACUAAAGAAUCUUAUAUCUAAGAGAUCUGAUAAUCUCAAAAAUCCAUCCAAGCUACCAGAGAACGGAAGUAGCUACUUUGUAUAUACCAAAACUUCAUCUAUGAAAGAGCCAGAUUUUAUACAAAAGGGAGCAUCCCAUCUUAAGUCUGAGUCUGCUCUUGGGAGCUUCAAAGAAACUGAUCCAUUCAGAUCUACUCAUUGAAGAGAAAGUCAUAAAAGAAAUAAGAGCAUGAAUUCUCUAAAUAUGAAAACCAAGAAGAUUAUCGAUAUUUCAAGGAAAUAAAAUUGCACUAAAUUCAGUCCUCAGAGGUCACCUUGAAAAAGGUGUGAAGCU